AUGGCAACGUUGCAGAAGUUCAAGCUGUUCGCAACGCAAUGCGGCGUGGCGCAGAGUCCUACGCGAAGUCCGAGAACAAGUCCCGUUGUUCAUCUCCGUCGCAAGAAAACCACCCUCCGCAUGCUGCUCAGCCGAAGCUCAGGCUCUAGCCGCCUGUCACCUCCCCAAAAUGAGCCACCGCCGAUUCAUCGCCAACCGAGAAUCCUUGCACCGCUUCCAGAGAAAAAGAGAGACACUUUAAAGGACCUGUUCGUGUCGUCGCCGCCGCCAUUUGAGGAGGAAGAAAACAAAGGCAAGGUUAGAGAGGUGAUAGGAAGCAAGUGUGAAGUUUUCAAAAUGAGAGUGAACGGUUUGUUAGGGGAACCGGCCGGUUCGCCUAGACCGGGAUGGAUCGGUUUUAGACAUAGGUCUUUGAUAAGGAGAGCUUGGCGCCCUCUGCUGGUUGCUAUUCCAGAGGAGGCGGAAAAUGAAUUCGACCCACUUUCUGCUGUAGCAAAAUAA